AUGUUAAAUCCAACCAAUGCCAAUAAGCUUUCAACAUCUUCUUAGGCUCUUUCUAAAUCAGUUCAUUUUUCUCUUGGUAAUUCACAAGCUCCGGUGAGUUUUAGUGAUGUAAAGCCAGUUUCUGGAAUAUAAAGAUCAGCAAUUGAUCAUCCAUAGGUGGGAUAAGUUACAGGAAUUGAUUGUGGAAUUCACAUGAAAUAAUUAAAAGGAUUUUGCAUAGAAUAGAAAUGUAUUCAUUAAAGAAGAAAGCUAUGUGUUGGGUAUUUGAUAAACUUAUGUAUGUUAGAUGUUUAUGGGGACAUACUUGCGUUCAUAAAGUAUAAGUUCCUGAAUUUGUAAAAUUGUUAACAGACAAAUUAGCAAUAGCUGAGUUUGACUUUUUUGAUAAAGUUUUGAAAGUUGUUAAGAAAGAUCAUUUAUAAAAUGAAAUUGAUGAAAUGUUUUUGAAAAUAAAAAUGGAUUUUGAUAAUCAUCUUAAUGAUUUAUACUCUUAAUUCAUGUAUUGGACAAAACAUGGAAUGGGUGAAGUAAUUAAGAAAGGAUUUUUGGCUGAUUUUUUAUUGGAUGAUAAUGUGAUUGAAUAAAUAAUGGAAUUGGUAUUAAAGGGGAGAGGUAAAUAAUAAGGAAAAUAAAUUAGCUAUGGAAGCUGAAGAUGAAACAAUUUAAACAUGUGUAGAAUUAAUAAAUGCAGAUCCAUAGGAAAUUAAAUUAUUACCAUAAUAAUUAUAGUCAACUCUUGUAGAAUGUGAAGAAGUGAUUCGUUAAACACUGCAUUAAUUGGAACAAAGUUUGGUGACAUUUAAAUCAACUCCAUUCGAUUUUAAGAAUAUAAAAGUAAAGAUUAUUAAAAAUAAAUAUUAGGAAGGAGUAGAAAUACCUAGAUUAAGAAUUCCAGGAACUUAGGGUAAUAUAUAAGGAGGAGGAGGAGGUUUUGGAUUUGGUGGUGGUUUCAGUUAAAUUCCAUAGACUAAUUUUAUUGGAACAGCCAGUUAACUACCAAGAACUAGUGUUCCUCCUACAACCACUCAUUUUUAAAAUAGAUUUGCAUCUGGAUUGGCAUCAUAAUUAAAUGCAAAAUUAUUUAUUGAUGCUAGAGAUUUACAUUAGAGUUAGGUUUGGGCUGUAUGUAAGAUUAGUCCAUAGGUAAUCGCUACAGGAGAUUGGUAAGGAAAUAUAAAGAUUAUUGGAUUAACAUUGGAAGGUUAAUACUAAUUUAUGUAAUCUUUGAAUCAUGGGAAGAAUGUCUAUUCUUUAUUGUUAUCAGAUACAACUACUUUGAUUUCUGCUGGUUAAAAUUAAAAAGAUGAAUGGACAAUAAAGAUUUGGGAUUUAGAGAGAUCAUAAUUGAUUAAAGAAUUGAAAGGCCAUAUAAAUUAUAUAUUUUCAUUGACUCAACCAAUUCCAGGGACAUUAGUGUCAUGUUCAUAUGAUGAAACUGUUAGAGUCUGGAAUUUAUAGAAUGGAUAAUGUACAAAGGUUUUUAAAGAGUUCAAGACAUCUUUUAAUGAUUUGCUUUCUUGGAAUCAAGAAGAAGUUAUAUGUUGUUCAGAUGAUAAAGCUAUAAGACUUUUAAAUAUUUAAACAGGAGAAAUGAAAAUGUAAUUAUUUGAUUCUUGUUUUGUUAAUGGAAUAGCAAGAGUAUCUUAAAAUGAAAUAGCUGUUGGUAAUUUUAAAGGAGAGAUUUUAAUAAUCAAUGUUACUGAAUAAAAGAUUGUGAGAAGAAUGGGUUCCCAUAAGAGUUUUGUUUGGAGAAUUAAAGUAUUUUAUAUAAAUAUUGUAGAUGAUAGAUAAAGAUUUGAUUGCAUCAGCAUCAUUUGAUAAAACUAUAAAAAUUUGGGAAUGGUAGAGUGGUUAAUUAGUUGCUAGUUUAGAAGGUCAUCAAGAUAUUGUUAGAUCAAUUGAACUUAUUGAAGAGAUAGGAUUUUUGGUUAGCACUAGUGAUGAUAAAUCUAUAAAAGUUUGGAGAUUAAUUUGAAUAUAUAAAAUAACAAUAAAGAAC